AUCCCGUUGGUGUUUCGAAUUCUCCCUCAAGCAUCAACUGCCUUGGAGCCUCUCGCCGUCGAUGAAAGGAGCUUUUGAUGCUUAUCGACUCCGCGUUCUAUAAACUCUGUUACACAAGCUGCUUGCUUGGUAUUGUUCCUGCAUUAGCGCUCGCACCAACGCUCUCUCCAACCUUGCCCCACGUCCACCUUCACUUCUCCACCAGCUGCUUGAUUUCGUUCGCAAGACUCAUUGAGCCUUCUUGUAACCAAAGACCUAAGCAGUCAAAAUGGGCAAAUAUUCCGAAGACCCCAAAUGGUCCGACAUCGACCCCCUCCCCACCGACGAGGGCGGACCCAACCCUCUCGCCGCCAUCGCCUACGCGGAAGAUUACGAAGAAACCAUGUCCUACCUCCGCGCCGUCAUGGCCGCCAAUGAGUUGAGUCCUCGCGUCCUAGAACUUACCGAAGACCUGAUCGACAUGAAUCCAGCCCACUACACCGUCUGGCUCUACCGCUCCAAGUGCCUCUUCCACCUGCACUCAGACUUACACGAGGAACUUGAGUGGCUCAACGAAACGGCGCUGCAACAUCAGAAGAACUACCAGAUCUGGCAUCACCGGCUGACCAUCGUUGACGCGCUGGGAGAAGAGUGUGAUGUGCAGGGGGAGCAGGAGUUCGUGGCGAGGAUGUUCGAGAAGGAUGCGAAGAAUUAUCAUGUUUGGAGUUAUCGGCAGUGGCUUGUCAAACGUUUUCAGCUGUGGGAGAAGGGGGAGUUGGAAUUUACGGAGAAGAUGUUGGAAGAGGAUGUGAGGAAUAAUAGUGCGUGGAAUCAUCGGUGGUAUGUUGUGAAUGGUCGAGAGGCGGAGGGCGUGAAGGGUGUCACGGAUCCUGAGAUCAGGGAGAGGGAGAUCAAGUAUGCUGAGGCGGCGAUCGCGAAGGCGCCGCAGAAUCAAAGUCCGUGGAAUUACGUGCGAGGGAUCCGGAAAGCGAGUGGGACGGAGCUUGCGGCGUUGAAGCCGCUUGCGGAGCGGUAUGCGAGUGUGGAGCGGCCAGGGACUGUUCGGUCAAGCUUUGCGCUGGAUCUGCUUGUCGACAUCCUGUCGGAGGAGAGCGGAGGGAAGCAGCAGGCUGGCAAGGCUUUGGACCUGCUGGCCACAACGUAUGAUCCGAUUCGGAAGAAUUACUGGGCUUAUAGGAAGAGUCAGCUGGGUUUGGGUAGCAUUGAGACGGCAGCGACUGCGUAGUCUCUCUCCACGUGAGAUUGGCGCAAAGGGUGCGGUCGGCGUUAC